AUGGCAUUAAUGAUUAGAACCUACUGCGCCAUUUGGAACCAUUCCAAUCGCUUCCAAUCAACUUCCAAUUCCAGUAAUUGUCAUUGGAAUCUUCCAAUGAGCAUCACUGCUCAAGAAACCGGUAAUACCUUAAAUGAGAAAGCAUUUGACAUUUGUAAACGGUUUAUAGAUGAUAAAUGUAAAAAUGGAUUUGACUGCGAUUAUCCUCAUCCCAAGAUCGUAUGCAAAACAUUGGUAAAAACUAAUGAUGGAAGGGACACUAUAUGUGGUCAAUAUAUACCUGAUGGUUUACGAAUUAAUGAUCUCUCAAAUGACUCUACAAAUGAAGUUAAAAAAUAUGUUACAUGUUUACGUCGUGAACUUCUUCAAGAACUACUCCUUAUUCCCUACUCUCCUUCAAACGAAAAAGAGGAACACCUUAAUAACGAAAAGCUUGCCAUCUCGACAGAUAUAUGGAAGAGCAUUUUAAAAUUACACGAAUGUCUGACAUUCGACUAUUACUCACUUGGAUGUCAUGGACAUGCUCAUCUUUGCUUCGAUUCUGGCACUUGGGAUCAACUAAAAAAAGAAUCUAGAAAGUGGCCAAGGGAUAAACUCAUUUCUGCAAGAUUAAAUGAAUGUAAAUAUCCUACUCCAAAUUAUUUACUUCGAAACUGUAAAGAUCUUGAAAAUUAUCCACAAUAUCUUAUAUGUGAAUCAAAUGAAAAGAACCGUCAAACAUCUGAGGAUCCUGUUGAAAAUUACUAUAGAAUGGCGCGAAGAGGAGAAACGAAAAAAGCAAAAUUCUGA